CAUAUUUCGCCGCAGAACGAUGAGCUUGACGUCGUUAGCCGCCACGUCCAAAAGUCAGACUCUCCUGGACAGAUUAGAAAGUGGUUAUUGUGUCACAGUAUUCCCUCUCAUGCCAUGAACACCGACGUGGAAGCUCCACUGGCCUUUCGCCUCCACACCUUUGCCCCCCACGCUACACCGAGCGGCCGCUAGCUCACCCUAGCGUGCAACUUCCUGCUUGUGUUACGUCCGCGGGAGGAACACACACACUGUCACCUACAGUAGCGGUUCGUGGUGCUGCAUAGAUACCAGAAGGCCCUCAAGAACAUCAGAAGAUGCCUUAGUCACACAACCCCUGCUUGAGACCCUUUUGCCUAUUUCCUCUCAGGGGGUCCAAGGCAGCAGGGGCAAUGCCGGGCAGCAGGGACUCGCUGUGGCGCCUUCUGGUCCCGCUUCGUAUCCGUCAGGAGCGAGUGGUGUUGGCUCGCAGCGAGAGCCUGCCAAGCGACCAGGUGCUGAAGAUCACGGUCACGGAGACCACCGUGAUCAAGGCCGGCUCCGGGGUCUUGAAUCGCCGCUCCCUCGCCUACCUGGGCCUCUGGUAUUUCUUCAGCUUCUGCACCCUCUUCCUCAACAAGUACAUCUUGUCGCUGCUGGAGGGGCAGCCGAGCAUGCUGGGUGCCGUGCAGAUGCUCUCCACCACCAUCAUUGGCUUCUUCAAGAUGUUCGUGCCCUGCUGCCUUUACCAGCACAAGUCCAGGAACGAGUUCCCCCCCAAUUUCAUCAUGAUUAUGCUCUUUGUUGGAUUGAUGAGGUUCACUACGGUGGUUUUGGGCUUGGUGAGCCUGAAGAACGUGGCGGUGUCCUUUGCAGAGACGGUGAAGAGCUCUGCGCCCAUCUUUACUGUCAUCAUGUCCAGGUUGAUCCUCGGAGAGUACACAGGCCUGUGGGUGAACCUCUCCUUGUUCCCCGUCAUGGCGGGCCUGGCCCUCUGCACGGCCACAGAACUCAGCUUCAACUUGCUUGGUUUUUCCGCCGCCCUCUCCACCAACAUUAUGGACUGUUUACAGAAUGUAUUCUCCAAGAAACUACUGAGUGGCGACACCUACAGGUUCAGCCCUCCAGAACUACAGUUUUACACAAGCGCAGCAGCUAUCAUCAUGCUCAUCCCAGCAUGGAUUUUCCUCUUGGAAACUCCAAUGACUGAGAAGAGUGGAGAGAGCUUCACUUUCAGUCGAGACAUCGUCUUGCUGUUGCUCUUUAACGGCGGCCUCUUCCACCUCCAGAGCGUCACCGCCUACGCUCUCAUGGGACGCAUUUCUCCCGUUACCUUCAGCGUGGCGAGCACGGUCAAGCACGCCAUGUCCGUCUGGUUAAGCGUCAUCGUGUUCAGCAACCAGAUCACCCUGCUCAGCGCCACGGGCACCGUCCUGGUGUUCAUCGGGGUCUUCUUGUACACCAAAGCCCGGCAGGCCCAAAGGGAGCGCUUGCAGGCCAUGGCUGCUCAACAGAACUACAAACAACUAGCACAGGACCAACAAGACCCUCCGUCUCACUGAAGACUCCAAACGGAAAUCAAAAGCUGUGGAUCCGCGCGCACUUUCCAGUAAUUCCACUAACUUGUGUAUCUACUUGACAGACAUUUUCAUCAUUCAGUCAGGGAAGAGGAAGCCUCCUGUGGAAUAUUUCUCCGCAACCUACGAGCCUCGUUCUUUUGCUUCGACGACCACUAAAAAAAAUGCAGAAGCUCAGGGCGUCCGUCUCCAGCUAAUCUCAUCUGUGGUCCAGCAGCUGCCGAAUGUACCGUCGGCGCCGUACAGGCGAGUCUUAAAGCUACGCACACACAAAGUUCUCCUGUCAAAACACUAGACUUCGAGCACUAUGACACAUUUUUAGAAGACUUGUCUUAAAAAAACGCGGCGGGCAUAUUUUUGUAUAUUCUUGGAAUGCUUGUCCUCAAACCCCUUUCUCCCAGUGCAUGCUGGGAUUGCAGCUGAAACGUUUACAUGAGUGACGUGUCGGGUGCAACUUUCCAAGUAGCCAUGCACAAAAUAGGAGCGACAAAAAUGUGUCCUUUUUUUUAUAAAAUGUCUCGUGUAUACACCAUACAGGCAAAAAUAUUGGGACACCUGGCCACUACAUAUGCAGGGACGAUUUAUUUUUCUGUCGUACUCCUUUAAACUCUAAAACGGGUAAAUAUACGGACAUGCUCACGCUUUUGCAGCGUCUCCUGUGAGGUCCCUAAGAGAGGGCCUGCUUACAAUGUCUUUGUUAAUCCAUUAAGAGGUGAUUCUCACUACUUGUGUUCAUUUAAAUCAAUUUUAAGGACGCAAGUAAGUUGUGACAGAGCACACAUGCCGUUUUCAUUCUUUCAUACAAAACAUUUGAGUGUCCCAUGCUGCACCGAGGACACCUUAACAACCAAUAAAACAUUGAAUUAUUUCAUAAUGCAUCUAUUAUCACCACAA